GCUCUCGCGCUUACAGAGAAAGAGAGAGAGGGUUGGUGGGGUGGGGGGCGCGGAGGCGGGGCACGUUGGAGAGAUAGAAUCCGGAUCUUAAGGUUGGGGGUGGGGGGAGAGUGCGAGGUGCGGUUGAGGGGACUUGAAAAGAGGGCGGAGCCUCCCGCGAGCGCGCUCAACCGCCAACAACGUCCGAAAAAGCCUGUCAGAGGAAGGAGGGAGUUGAGGGCUGCGCGCGCGCGCCCGGCCUCGUCAACCGCCAGCCGGCUCCGUCGUCGGUGCUUUACCUCAGAGAAGCGGCGGCGCUCGGGGGUCGCGCGCCACACCCCCUCCGGUGAGCCGGACGUGGAGUGGAAAUGGCGUCCUCGCCGGUUCCUGAGUCGGCCCCAGAGCCGGGGGGCAGCGGCACCCAUUCGGAGCGGGAGCUCCUUCUCCGCCGCGGGGAGCUCCUGGCGCUGGGCAACCACCUGAAAGAGGCUCUGGAGACUUACUCGGCGGCGCUGCGCCUGGGCUCGCCCAGCUCCCGCCGCCGCCUGGGCGCGCUGGUGGACUGCCUGGUGCUGCACUACCGCCUCCGGCAGAGCGGCGAGAGAGCGGGCGACGCGCCGAGGGAAGGCGGCGGAGGGAGGGCGACGGCGGCGGAGGAGCAGCAGCAGGGGACCGCCGGCCGGGAAGACGGCUCCUCCGCGGCGGCGGCGGCGGGGCUCUUCCGCUGCCCCGGCUGCGAGGGCUUCCUCGGCGAGCCGGUGGUGGCGCCGUGCGGGCACGCCUACUGCCGCCGCUGCGUCCACGAGCACCUCCGCGCCCGCUGCCGCCGCUGCGGGGACCCGCUGGCUUCGUCGCCCGUCGCCGUCGCCCUGGGACACCUGGCGGAGAAGUGGUUCCCGGAGGAGUGCAAGAGGGCUCGCACCUGGCGGCGCCUCGGAGAGAUGCUCGUGCAAGGGCAGCUGCGGGAAGCCAGCGAAGCCGCCAGCCAGGCCCUCGAAGAGGGUAAGAGCCACGGCCGCUGCUUGGGCCUCUGAAGCGGGGUGGGUGGGAAGGGGGGGGUUCCUGUGGGGUAAAAAGGGGCCUUUGACUACAAUCGUGCGCUUUGGGGAGCCUGAUCGAACUCGAAUGUGCCUAGCGCUGGGCUCCCGACAAUUGGAAUCGGUCCCGUGAAGGAAUCUGUGGGGAUCAUGCAUGUAGGCAUGCACAGGUGUGCACGCUUGCUUCAACCCAGAAGCUUGCCGGUUACUUGAUGGCUUGCAAGCAUAGAGGACAUUUUUCGUAAAGAGGCCAGAUGCUCCAUAUCGCCCUAACGCAAUACUUCUGGGCGAGCUGAAGUCACGCAUUCAGCCGGGAAGUGAGUGUUGCAUAACCUAAGCAUGAUCCAGAUUCCUGUAUGUGAAACAGGCCCCGGCGCACUGUAGCUAGUUUUCCAGUAAAAUUGUGCACAUCAGAUUGCGAAUUUAACAUGGCCCUCAGAGGUGGCAACCUGUAUGCAGGACUUUUGGAAGUUCCUAGAAAGUUGGCUUUUUGCAAGAAUUUCACAAGUGAAACUCAUACUGCAGAUUGUCUUCCACCUUUUCAGUGAGUACUUAAGGUGGAACAGUGAAUCCUGAUGGUUUCUAGGGGGCAUUAUGGGUUUGAGGUAUCAUGUUGGUUAUUUUGCAUAAUGUGAGUGACCUGAAGAGAGUCCCUACCUUGGAGCUGUGAGUAUCCUGUUACCCUUUGUUUUGUAGGGAGGUAAAAAUGCUUGUUUUGUUUUUCCUGAUGCUCUUUCUGUAAACUUUUCCAGAGUUUCCAAAAGCUGGCAUUUAGCUGUACAGUGGUACCUCGGGUUACAUAUGCUUCAGGUUACAUAUGCUUCAGGUUACUGACUCUGCUAACCUAGAAAUAGUGCUUCAGGUUAAGAACUUUGUUUCAGGAUAAGAACAGAAAUCAUGCUCCGGCGGCAACAGGAGGCCCCAUUAGCUAAAGUGGUGCUUCAGGUUAAGAAUGGACCUCCAGAACAAAUUAAGUACUUAACCCGAGGUACCACUGCAUAAGCAAAGAGGAAUCUUUGAAGAUGCAUUCUAUGGGAUUAGCUUUGUUAGUUGAUGAAGUGCUAUGGGACUGUCAUUUUCUGAAAGGUAGUGAAAAAGUUUCAGCUUCUAAAUUUUGGAACCCAUUUUCAGAGUAUAUUACAUAAAAAUAGGAACCUUGAAUAAAAACCUGUAUUUCUAAAUGAAGGGAUGCAGAUAUGGGUGAAGGAGCACUCAUUCACUUGGGCUUAGCAACUGUGUUUGGGAGGUGGUGGUCAGAAGAGGCUUGGCUGUGAAACCUGUAACACUGAGGACCAGUAAUUACUUAUGAUGAAUUCACUUUUACCAGAGGCCUAUUUUCAGUCUCCUAAAGUGUUACUGAGACAAUUCGCAGGAGGCAGGCUAGUUGCAUAAGCAGAUGGGGGCGUGGAAGGGGAAAAGGUUGUAUAAUGCUGAUGACAUCACAGAUGGGAGUGUUGAGUCUUUCACAACACUGUUUAGAAAAGACUUGUAUGGGGAGGUCUAGAGAUAUGACUAGGUUAAUAUUCUGGGAGCACUUCACAGCAUGUUCAAUACUGAGUACUACUUGUAACACUGUAUGAAAUAAACUAAGGAAAAUUUAAUUGUGCGCAUGCUUUUAUAUCUCUGAAAGAUGUUGAAUCUGGGCUUGGUGAUUGUGACCUUUUGUAACUAUUCUGGUUUUCUGGCUGUUCAAAUCAUAAUAGGCGUCUAAAUUCUCGUUCUUUGAGAACACUAUAUUCUGUCCUGCACUUGUGCUUCUGUGGUCCUGGUAUCUUACUUUUGAGAUGCAGAGCAAUGACCAGCUAAAAUAUUGGGCUUCCUAGUUUCUAACUUGAAAGCCUAAUCCAAAUAUGUUAGUACUACUUUCUGAUGAAAGUUUUAUCAUUGUUUGAAAAUUGUCUAAUUUGUUCAAGAGACUAAUAUUCUUCUUUUACUACACAUCAGACCAAGGACAUUUGCCUGAAAUAAAAAUGGGUGUGUUGGAAGGAUAGUUACAGGGAAUGAAAUGUUUAUUUUGCUUUGAGACAGAAACUUUGCAGAGUUAGAGGUUUGCAUGUGCACCACAUGUCCUUAAUUUCGAGUCAGAAUAUGGGAGUGAACCUCAAGGCCUAGUGCAGAAGUCUUACUCUUGAUGCUUUCAUCCAGUAGGCUAGGCUAAAUUUGGGAAGUGGCCUAUUGUGCCGUAUUUAUAUGACCUUAGAUUCAGUUCCUAAUCUCCAGCAUGUGACUUGAUCAGCAGAAGUGUCUGAGUAGUAUGUGGGGCAUCUGAUAUAAUGGAGCUAUAAACAGCCAUAAAGACUUAGAAAGGACUUCAGCUGGACUUGUUUGAGUUGUUUUUGGUCUUGUUGUGUACUAGGAGAGUGUCUCACUGUCCAUUCAGAUGCAUAUGAAUACACAGGAUGGGAAAUGCUAGAUACCAGCAUUAAUUACUGCAUUGCUAUAGGCAAAACUAGCAACUUUUAUGCUCUAGUUCAGCACGGAGUUGAAUUUCUGAUGUUUAGGUUCUUGGCCUGCCUAGUGCCUGAAGUUCACCGUGCUAAUGUUGUAAACUUGUCUGCUUCCAGCCAGUACCUCAUGAAAAUGCUACUGUAUGACUCAGGAGCUUCUUUUCUUUUUCCUUGUAGUCUCUUUCCCACCCUAAAAACCACCCCACCCAAUAUUUUCUAGAGGGUUAUGGGACCCUUUGGAGCAGAUUUGCGGAGCUGUUAAAGGGCACAGAGGAAGCUGAAAUCUAAUCACAUGAGAGGACACUUGUACAACUUUGAAUCAACAUAUAGGGCAGUAUCUGCAGUAUGCUGCAGGUCUUAGCUGAUCUUUUAGACUGUGUGUGCCACUCAGUUGUGCAACAUCAAAGUGGGGUUAGUUUCCUUUUUAUAUGAUCUGUGUUGGCCCCUUUCAGUAUGUGCAAACUAGCUAUUAAACACUGGUGUGGCAUGUUAAUUUUAGUAAUAAUAAUUUUUUGAAAUUGAAUUUGUAAGUCAUAGAAAGAAAGGCAUCCCAGAAUUGGGGCUUAAACCUUUAUGAAAAUUGGAUAAUUCUUUUAGGAGAGUUAAGUUAGGAGUUAUUUACACACGUACAGGGAGCAGGGGUAUAGCAAUUAAAUAUUUUUUAAUAUGUCACCUUGGUGGUACGUUUGCCUCCUAGAUUUAAAAAAAUUAUCAUAACUCAUUCUACAGUAAUUAGAAAAAGCAUACAUUAAUACAAAAUAAUAAUCAUAAAGUAUGUUUACUCAGCACCUUGCCCACAUAAUCAAAGAAAAGAAAAACUUGGAAGCAGUUGAUCUACUUUCAUAAUUACAUGAUGUGCCUAGAUGCACUUUGGGGCAUGAUUAAAAUGUGUCAUAAGAUGUUUGGAAAACUGAGACCAUAUCCAGUCAGCGUCUAAAACUCUUGAGGUAUUUCAAACUGUUGGGAUUUAAGGGUUAGAAACCAAAAAGUUGACAUCUUGCACAAAAGUAGUGUUGUCGUCUUGAACUGUCAAGCUCUAAGGGAGUUAAACAGGCAACUAGAUGUGACAAGGUGAUAUCCACAAUCUGUGUGGUUUCAAGUAGUUCAUUUUGCUUUCAGAGUGGAAGAUGUGAUUACAAAUUCACCGAUGUUGCAUCUACUCUGGCCAUGCCAAUAUUAUCCUUUUAAGCUUGUAAUCAGUCAAUAUCUUUGCUUUCAUGCCUAAGUAAACUUUACUGCUGCAAGCAUAGUCUUGAAAUACAGUGCCAAAACACUAGUAGACAGAAAACACUGAAUUCUGUCCUUUUUUGAAGGCUUUCUUUAAUUUAUUUGUCCUGUAUUCCCUUGCUUAUCCUAUAGACUAGGGUGGUUCAAGGAUUUGCAGACUGCCCAACUUGGGAGAAGAGUGAAGGAAGACUGGUCUUGUCUUACAAACUAUGUCUAUACAGAUUUUAAGACCAUAUUGGGUCCACAAAACCAACCUAAACUUCAGUUUGGGCUUUGGACUAGCAUUCAGAUAUUUUUAUUGGUCUCUAAGCAUGUAAAUAGUUCUGGUAGUUAGGUUAAUUGCAUUAGGGUUUUUCAGGAUCUUUACUAUCACCUUUUUUGCAAGGGUAUUUUAACAUUUAGUAAGUCACAAAUCUUUACUAACAAGCUUGUCCACAUCAACAGCAUGAAAUAAUGAACUAUUUCUCUUCAAACUUAGAAAGCUUUUUUUUUUUUUUUGUCUGGCUUCUUGGAAAAUGUUAUUUUCCAUAGGUACAUAUCUAUUUCUAAGUCUGCACUGCAUGUGUAUUUUGGAUUAUAAAAACAUAAGUAGUUUCUAUUCAGCUACAUGACAAAGUCAUUGGUUUUUAUUUUAGAUCCUAGUGAUUUGAUACUACGGGUUUAUAGAGCUGAAUCCUAUGCUGGCCUCCAAGAAUUUAAAUAUGCCCUGGAUGACCUGAAUGCUGUUACUGCUAAAAUGCCAAAUUGGUCUGAGGUAAGUCUAUAAAGUGUAAAUGCUUAAGAUAAUAGCCUAUUAAGUCAUCCUCGGAGUUGACUUAUUAAAGUUGAUGGACUAAAGUCCAUUGAUUUCAGUGGUCUUAUUUUUAAGUUUGACUGAUAUUGAAUAUCACAUCCAGUGUACUUGUAUUAUGAAAAAUACAAAAACAUGAUGCUAGAAAUUGUGUCAGCAUUUUCAAACCCAAACCUACCUUUAUCCCAGGCAUGCAUUUGGGAACCAUUUAUUUUUUCCCAUGCAUUUGCAUGGUGGUGGUACUGCUGUUUUGACCCACCUUGGGUCAGGUUCACCACGUGGAUUGAGUCUUUUGGCAGGCAUAGUACUGCACACUUCUAGCAGAAGCCCUGUUCUGUUUGUAAUUAUGUUUUCAAGCACAAUUGUGCAGAAGUUGAAAAGCUUUGUCGAGAUAAAAAGGCAGGAGUGUUUAAGCUUCAUUAUAAGCACUUCAAGUCAAGAGUUAAAUGAUCCCUCCACCCCCAGUUCUGCAACUGGUUCUGCAGUUGGUUGGCUUUUCUAUGUGCACAUGCACGUACAUAUAAUUUUGCAUGAAACAAGAAUAUAAACUGCAUUCACACUGUGGAUGAAUAAAUCAAUUUUGCAUUGUGCUUUUCAACAGGUGCUUUUCAACAGUAGCUGUACGUAUAUGAUGCAGACUAAGGGCUUGUUCACUCUUACGUUUGACCCGUUGCUUUCCCUUGGGGAAACCUGCAGUUUAGUGCUGAAUCGGAGCAAAUGGCAAUCUGGUUUUCCGUGGAUUGCCAUUUGUUCUGAUUUAUCACUAGAGGGGGUUUUCCAGGGGAAAGCAGCAGGGCAAAGGCAAAACAGCUCGGACCUGUCCCUAGAAAGCAUGGGAUAAGCAUUUGCUUUCUAGGCACAGGAUAAACAGAAGUGUGGAUGAGUGCUAAGUAUGAAAGGGUGAAACAAGGUCUGAAAGAAAAAGUGAAUGGAGUGUGUUAUGCCUGUAUACUGUUUAUUCCAAUUGGUUCUAUGGACUGGAGGAAGUAGUGAUGGUAGAAUGCAUAGGAUGUGCCAUCCUUUUGUUUGAGUUCUCUGCUGUUAUUCUGUCUCAUUGCAUAACAUCAGGUAUUACACUAACUCUUAAAACCAUUAGUGCCGUUGUAGGUUCUAUUGGUUUCACUGAGGCUUUCUUCUAUAGCAACUUGUAAGAUCCCAAUCAAAUACCAUAUUUUUUGCACCAUAACACUCACUUUUUUCCUCCUAGAAAGUAAGGGGAAAUGUCUGUGCGUGUUAUGGAGGAAAUGCCUACGGGUGGCAUGCCUACGGAUUUUCCUCCUCUAUAAACUACGUGCGUGUUAUGGUCGGGUGCGUGUUAUAGAGCGAAAAAUAUGGUAAUUCAGUGGCAUACAUAGCUACAGGAAGCAAAAGCUCUAUUGUACCCAGUGGGGCUAACUUCAAAGGAAAUAUGCUUAGGCUCAGGCUUCUAAAUCUUUCUGUGAUGCAAACCAAAUGAUUAACAUUUAAAUACCUUUGAAUUUUUUUAGGUCUACUUUCGGAAAGCAAGAAUACUUAAUAAUGCUGGGUCUAAAGAUGAUGCCUUACAGCUCCUUCUUCACUGCCUAGCCCUUGAUGAAGAAUUUAUUCCGGCAAAACUAGAAGUUGAGAAGGUAUUUAUAUAUUUUAAAGCAAUUCUUAGUUUUUGCUUUCAGUUCUAAUACUUUUCAAAUGUAGUUACUUCCUGUGAAGAGGAAGUUACCAAUGUUCACGUAGAAAACAAAACUUGCAUUACAGUUAAUUUUUCCAGAGAUCUGAAGCCUGGUGAACUACUUAAAAAGCUCAGCUGGUUCACUGUAGUAUGUUAAAAAGUUAGAAGACUGGGAUGAUUGGAUUUACAAAAUUUUAGUAAUAGCCGGCUUAUUCCUUAAUAUUGUCCAUUUCACAGAUGCUGUGUGAUUUGUUAUCACCAGAAAGUGUGAGAAAGAGUCUGAAGGAAUCUGCUAUGAAUUCUUCGCAUGUUCGAAGUAAACCAUUUAUACAUGGUUCUGAAAUGGAAGAGUCUUGUGAAAAUUUACAGCACAGUUCAGAGCCAGUAAGUAAUGAUUAUUUUUUCCACACAUAUUUCAAAUGUUGCUAUACACAAUAUGUAGGUUGUGCUGUUGACUUGCUUCUUGUUUCAUCUUAUUCUAGUUUGAUGCCAUAUAAUUUUGAAAUUUCAGGGUUGAUAGGGAAUGUGGAAAGAAUCUAGAACAAUGCUCAACAUUGUAGAGAGAAUGUUAUUUAUAUGCUAAUGAAAAUUAUGGGAAUGGUUUUUAAAAUGACAAUUGUGAAGCAAUACUUUAAAAAAAAAAAAAAGCUUUUCCUGUAUGUGCUUCUGCUCCCAUAGUCAGAGUUGUUUAGCGGUGCAAGUUAAACAAACAAUGAAGCAGUUUAGAGCCAGAAUUUUAAGUUUGCUUGAGUUCUGGAUUCCAAACAGUUCUUUGUGUCUAGGGACUCCUGAGGUUCUAUUUCAGCACAGUAGAAUGUUGUGCAAGUCUGUAUUUUUAGGAUAUUGCUUUUUAUACUCCCAGGUCUGCAUUCACACACGGAAGUUGUGACAUGGUAAGGUUCCAUCUAACAAUGUGCCUAGUUUCAUAAGUGAGAGUGGAAGUAGAAUUUUAGAAAUACAGAAUGACAGCUAAUAUUCAGCUAGGACCAGAUAUUAUUAGUUCCCUGCAAAUCAUAUUAAUAAUGUGAAACAUUCUGAAGUAGUCCACAGAAAUUUCAAGGUGGCCCUUUGCACUAGGAAAUGUGCCUGUUCUGGAUAACGAAGGUUUAUCUAAAAAAUUGUGAUUCUGCUGGCAGAUAUUGUUGCCAAUUUAUCUGAAAUUUGAUAAAGAUUCCAUUCCCCCCACCCAUUGUUUUUUUGGUAGGAUUUAGAAAUGCAAGAGCCUGUUGGAGGAAGCCUGCAUCGUGCACAGUCUGCCCAUUCUCUCCACUCAACAGAAACAAAUGCCAAAGACGAUGGAUUAAAAAGGGUUUCUUCUGAACCUCUGCUUUCCAGCCAAGAUAAAGGUGCUUUAUUAAAAAGAAAGUGGUCCCUUUCAGAACAAGAUGUUAAAGUUAUUGAAGAUGGAAGAAAUAAACAUAAAAAACAAGGAGGUAACUAUUUAGUCAUUCAUAUUGAUUUCUGAUAAAUUCAGUAUUUCAUGCUUUGAUAAUAUCCUGUAUUGUUUAUUUAGAAACUACAAAAAGGGAUGCCACCUUUCCAUUCAAUCAUGGACCAGUUCCAGAGGAUUUGAUUGAUGUUUCAGACUUUGAGUGUUCAUUGUGUAUGAGGUAAUACAGUGGUUUCUUUAAUCAACCUUUUUAUUACCCAUUUGAUCAUCUUUGUCUUUGAUCUCUUCUCCAUCUUAGGGCAGCUUUUAUGUUAAGAUUCUUGCUCUAAAGCUGCUGAAAAUUGCUUCUGUGCGCAAAUUGCUCCAUGCUGUGCAAAGAGAGAAGCACAAUGUUUGUGUCUUGCUACAUGUGCCAGCCUUUCAGCUCCCAAACUGUGGUCCUCAGACAACCAGUGAUGCAUGAACUUAAUUCAAGUGGUCUGUGGCAUGUCUUUGGAAAACCAAUAACAAAAGCAAUUAAAAUAAUACUGCAUGUAACACAGCACAUUACAAUUCCUACAACAAGCAUUAAAAUUAGUAAGUGGUCUGACAAGACAGCAAUGUUCCAUCAGUCCCAUCAGUUAAAAUGUUUGGGAACCAUUGGUAAACGAUAGUAUUAAUGUGCAUUUCUGGCUAGUUCCAAUGAGUGAACUUUUCACUCAAUCAGGUUGGUACACAUGGUGGAAGGCUCACAAAUAUUUCUCUUUGGCAGUAAUGUGUUGUUUCAUAGACAUCAUAAGGGAAUGUCUGCAAGAGAGUUAGGGUUUAACCAAAUGGCCCCCUAAUAUUGCCAAAAGUACAGUUUUGGCAACUGCUUGUCAAGCCCUGUCAAGAACAUAAGUCUGGUUAACAAAACAUAAACAGUCAAGCCUACAGGUUCUGUGCAAUUGGUUUGCAUCUGACUGCCCAAGACAUGACUCCAUGACAUUUGCUACAUUUAUUUGGCACUUUUUUUGCAUCUUGGGGGAUGCAUGUAUGGAACAUAUUGAAAGCUGCUCUUCAACACUUCUGCCACACAGACAUUUCAUAGAGGACUGUCUUCUUGGAAGUCUAAUGAACAUGCAUUGUCACUAAUGCCAAAUGUCUGCUAGGAGGAAUAACAGAUCAAUCUUAUUUCUUAAUUAUUCUAAGCCUACAACAGCCAAGGUGGUUACAAGAUAAAAGCAUCCAAAUGGUUUGUUUUGUUCUGACUUGGCUUAAUUUACUUGUUUUAAUGUUUGUCACUAAAGUGACUGUAGCAUGAUUAACUUCUUGAAUUUUUUUUCAGGCUUUUCUUUCAUCCUGUGACAACACCCUGUGGCCAUACUUUCUGUAAGAAUUGUUUAGAACGAUGUUUGGACCAUUCUCCUCAGUGUCCUCUCUGUAAAGAAAGCUUAAAAGAGGUAAUAUUUACCAUACACAACAUUGCUGUCUUCUAAAACAAGUAUUUGUAAUACAGAAUAUAUAUAUAUAUAUAUAUAUAUAUAUAUAUAUAUAUAUAUAUAUCUCAUUAAAUAAAAACUUGGUGGAAGCUAAGUCUUUAUUCGGAUGUUUUUCUGCAAUGGAAAUGGUUUUCAGAAGCUUCUUUUGUUCAAAGUAUCAUCAGUAGGAAUUAGGGCUGCUAAGUUUUGCUCAGUUUAUUAGCCAUAGAAAGUGAGUGCACGUGGUAGUAUAUGUGAUUUAUAUUUUUAUUUGUAAACUGCCUUAACUAUUAUUUUAUCAUAGAAAGGCAACAUAUAAAUGGCAACACAAAAAACCCCGUACACUGAUGUCAGUUGCCAGAGAGAGAAAAGCAAACAACAAUUUUAUUUAUACCCCGCCCAUCUGGCUGGGUUUCCCUAGUCACUCUGAAUAGUAAAAGCACCCAGCAGAAUACUAAAAGCACAAUAAAAAACUAAACAUUAUAACUUCCCUAAACUUCCCUUUUCCUAUGUCCAUCAGAAGCCAGGUAGCUGAUUUGAGUGUGAUUUAAAAAUGUAUACCUCACUUUUCUUUAUAAAGUUCGUCUUUCUACAAUAAUGAACACAAGAACAGUCUUGCUUGAUCACAGCAUGGUUGCCUAGCCCAGAUGAGUGGCAGCAUAUGUUCCCAGCAACAGCCAACAAUUACAUACAGAAUGAACUGAUGCUGCCUCUCUUCUUAGCCUUCCUGGAGAAAUGGCAUUGCCUACCUUGCAAAAAAAAAAAAUUGUCUCUUUUAACUGUCACUUCUGGUUGAGCUAGCUGAAGGGCAGAGCCAGAAAGUGAAACCUGCAUUGUGAGGUUUAUGCUACAAACAGGUUGUUGCACAGGAUGGCCGUAUAUUGGGCCAAAAUUUUGAUUGAGGCAUAACUUUUUAAUUGAUUGAAUUGACUAAUUAUGUUAAUUAACCCUAGUAAAAGCUCUGUUGAAAGAAAAUUUGAGAAGUUCUAAAGUAAAAACUGUGUUCAAGAGAAACAAAGUGGUCAACGCAGGAUUGUUGUAUCACCCUGUUUUCUGCUUGAUAUAUAGAAAUUGAAGGCUAGUAUAAAAUAAUUUGGAUUAGCAUCUUUGCAGUAAUUAAGCUAUAAUGACUUAAGAUUUUAUUUUUACUUCUAGUAUUUGGCAAGUAGACAAUAUAGAAUUACACAGCUGCUGGAAGAAUUAAUAGUAAAGUAUUUACCUGCUGAGCUAUCAGAGAGAAAAAGAAUUAAUGAUGAAGAAACAGCUGAAUACUCCAGGUAAGUUUAUAAACUGACUUAUUAACAAGUUUAGGAACAAGUACUAAACCUUUUUAGUUGUGCCUGCUUUUGAAAAGCUUUCUUCCCUCAGCUAUGUUUUUAUUUACCUCAUAUUUUGAAGUGUAGUCUCGGUCUACUUCUAGUAGAUGGAUUUGUUACUGAAUCACCUAACUGAAGAGAGCAAACUGAAUAACAUGAAUUUGGUACAAGCAGGUACACUGACCUGUUUGACGCUUGCAAGUGCAGGUGGUUCUUCCUGCUUUUUCUUGCAACAGUUCCUCUAAAGGAGCUCAACAUCAUGUGUUAUCCUCACAGCAAUGAUUCAAAAGAAUCAUUAUAGCCAGGUAGCAGUAUCUCAAGCCCAAGCACUACAUAAUAAUGGCAUAUUUUUUAUUUUUAAAUACAGAUCUGUUCCAAUUACGUAUAGAGGAAGGACUGGGGGCUUGAUUUUAAGAGCAAAAUGUAUGCAUAGAGCAGGGGAUGUGAAGUCUCUCCCUGUCCAUGGCUUACCUCCUUGUUGCCAGUCCUCUGGUGUCACAGCCAGAUUUGCUUCUAGUAUUGGAUUCUGGCUCAAGGGAUGGGGAGGGAACAUCUGGUGAGAAGGGUCCAGCACAUCCUGCCCACACACUUCUUUCUAAAUCAUAUUCUACCUGGUCUUUAUACAUGGUUGGCAUAUCACCACAUAGAUGUUAUCAAAAAGCGUUCUUUCCUGUUGCUUUUUGCUAUUGCUUAGAAACUUGAGGUCAUUCUAAUCUGUUUUAGGAUUUCAACAUUUGUAUGUUUUAAAGUAGGGUUGUGAUUUUUUUCUUUAUUACUGCUUUAUCUUUUGUAAGCCACCUUAAGGUUUUUCACAAUCAGUGGUGUCUAAAUUUUAUAUAAUAAUAAUAAUAAUAAUAAUAAUAUAGUACUCUGGUUUAGAAUUGCAACAAAAACAGAUGAGAGAAAUUUUUAUGCUAAUUGAAUAUCCACAUUCCAUUUGGAUGACUUAAAAGAACUUGAAUUAAAUUAUUUACAUAAGUCUUAACAGUGCUUUUUCUCGGGGGGGGGGGGGACAGAUACCCCCAAACAUUUUGUGAAUCUUUGUACUUUUGUCCAUUUACUGUAUUUAUUUUCCCGACUUGAACUAUGAAAUGAUGAUUUUCUUGAGUCAAAAUGAAAGUACCCUUAAACAUUUUUUAGAAAAAAGCACUGAGUCUUAAGCCUUAUUUCUCUUCAUAUUGUAUACAUCUUCAUUCCUACUGAUUUCAGGCCUUGUGCUAUAGCUUAGCUUUUGUAAGAGGUUAAGGGAGUAUAUGUACAAAGCACAACCUACUAUUUACCUGUAUCAAAAGAGAACUGUUCGGGCAAUGUAGGUUUUAAAAAUACUAUUAUAUAUUUUUCAGCUUGACUAAGAAUGUUCCAAUCUUCGUUUGCACUAUGGCCUAUCCAACUGUGCCUUGUCCCCUCCAUGUAUUUGAGCCAAGGUAUCGACUGAUGAUUCGAAGGAGUGUGGAAACAGGGACAAAACAAUUUGGGAUGUGUAUCAGUGACCCUAAAAAUGGGUAUGUAUGUGUUCCACAGUUUUUAAAUAUAUAUAUAUAGAGAGAGAGAGAGAGAGAGAGAGAGAGAGAGAGAGAGUGUUUCCGAAGUGGAUACUGACACAGCGCCUCUUUUUCUAGCUUUGCAGAUUAUGGCUGCAUGCUGUACAUUAGAAACCUUGACUAUCUCCCAGAUGGACGGUCUGUUGUUGAUACAGUUGGAUUAAGAAGAUUCAGAGUUCUGCAAAGGGGGAUGAAGGAUGGCUACUACACUGCAGACAUUGAGUAUCUAGAAGAUAUAAAGGUAUUGGAUUUCACAUUCACUUAUUGCUUAAAACAGGAUUUUAAUAAUGCAUUUUCUAAACAUAUACAGAUACACAGAUUAUAGCCUACUUGUUCAAAUGUAAAGCUACUUUGUAUAUAAAGCAUGUGCAUUUAGCAUCCCCUUGUUAAUUAGAAUGGAAACUUGCAAUUUACAAUGCAUGGUAAGAGGUUUUAAUUCCACAUUUUAGGUGAAGACAUGUUUUAGAUUAGUGUUGCAAAAAUAAAAAUUAGGGAGCAGAUGUCCACUUCUGCUUGAAAAACUUGCUUUUCUGCCGUAUGGUUGAUUCUGGCUAUGGAGGAAUUGUUCUCCUUGCAGCCCAACCAAUUUCUGGCUUUAAUGUUUAAAGGAACACACAUCAAAUGAAACAGGUGGUCUUACCAUUUGAGUACUUUUGGAUACGUGAAGAAAGGGUUAUUGUCAAGCUGCCACUUUAAGCAUAUGUAUUGCAGGUUAUAGUUUUAGGUUACUUUUUUUUAAAAAAAUGAUAUUUAUUGAGAAUUUUAAAGUUACAAAGAAAGAAGAAAGAAAAGACAAGAAAAGGAGAAAAAGAGAGAAAGAAGUAGAUAAACAUAACAAUUAAACAAUACAGAUCAAUAAAAACCAGUGUCAAAAAAAAUAAUAACAAAACACACAAUACAUCUAAAUCAAAAAACAAAAAUAAACAAACAAUUAAAAAACAAGUCUAAUAUUCCCAAAUCCUUAGCUUUCAUUAACUUAUUUCAACGACCUCCUCACACCUCCCUUUUUUGUAUUCUGGUUAUUAAUUAUCUCAGCAAAUCCUUUCCAUCUUUCACAAUAUUCUGUCAUUUAAAUUACCUUAAUCUAUUUUAACCUUAUCUUACCUAAAAAAACCCUAAAGCUUAAAACUUAAAACUUAUAUAUACCAAAUUAUUUUAACCAUAACAUAUUCUUUCAUAAUUCUUUUUGACAUUUCUGCUAAGGCCAAAUAAUUUCAUUCCAACAUUUUUCUAAUACUCAUUAAUUUUACAAUACUUUUCUAAAUAAAUUUUGAAACUUUCUUCCAAUCUUCAUCCAUCGUCUCUUCUUCCUGGUCUCGGGUUAUGUCAGUCCUUUCUCGUUUAUCUAAUCCAUCAACCUGGUGCUCUUACGUCCGAGGCUCUUAAAUCUUUUCCAUGUCCCUUCUGCAGAUCUUCUUGUUUAUACCUGCCCUUUACUUUAUCUUUUGUUGAUCUUUUUCUUAUUUUCUUUCCUUUCUCAUUGGGGAGUAGAUCUCGGGAGGACUCCAAUCCAAAAGUAUCUCCAUCUCCAUCUCUCCUCAGCAGAUCAGUCCAUUCCCCACAGUCCAUUCCCCACAGUCAACACUGUAAUCCAGAAAGUAUUUAAAAGCAUAUUUCAAAUUCUUUCCAAAAUUAAGAGCCCUCACAACUCCAAACCCCCCCUGGUCCACUCCAGAUUCGAACUUCGAGAUCAGCAGCUUAUACUCCUGCAAGGCCUCGGGUCUCUCCAUUUGUAUUAUUUGAGGUUAAACAACAACCUCCUCCAUUUUCUUCUGCCCUUGCGCUUGCCCUAUCAAAACAGAUUCCUGGGCUGGUUCCUGAAUGGUUUCUAUAUGGGUAUUCGCCGUUUGUCCAAAGUUUUUAACUGCAACAGUCAUCAAAUCCAUCUUCUCAUGCAUCUGCUCCAGCAGAGCACUUGUCUUGCACAAAGCAAGCACCAAAACUUCUUGUAAACACAUUUUUUCCCCCCAAGGUUAGAGUCUGGUCUCACGAUCCUAAUCAUACAGCUGUGAGGUCCCCAGAUCAGCUCCAGCAACAAAUUAACAAGCUCCCUCUAGAGGAGACAAUUUCUAUUUGUAUCCAUCUUUUAAAAGCAGGACCAACAAGGAAAAAUUACUUUCACUUUUCAAUAGUUUUAGGUUACAUUAAAUGUGUCUUAAAACACUAUUGAUCUCAUUCAUAUAUAAGAGCUUUCAUCUUGAAAGUGCUGUUUAGGUGCAAGCAUCCCUUGUAUGCAUAGAGAAUUGCUUUUGACAUUGGAGCUCAUGAACUUUCAUGAGAACUCUGUGUUUUAUCUUACACAUGGAACUCUGAAUGUGAAAGACCUGGCUUAUUUGGACAAUCCUCCAGGCUAUGGUUUUGAAAAAUCACAGGUUCAAAUGUUCUCCAUUCUUUUCUAUGCACAGCUUAAUAUGUUGUUUUCUGGUCUGUUUGCCAUUUUACCCAAACAAACAUGCUAUGGUUUCAUCUUACUCUCCCAAAUAGGGUUGCAGACCACUGUUUGAUCCUAGUUUGAAAGGCAUCCUGGAACCAUAACUUGUUUAGAUGUAAUGGCUCUCAUUUGGAUUGAUUGAUUAAGGCAGUAAUUUCUUAAGCCCAUACAUGAAGGCAGUGGGGAGGGGGAGGCUUGGGCCUAGGAGCUGAUACCCCAAAACAUGGUUUGAAUUAUUGACCCAAUCUAGUUUUUUGUGUGAGAUGCUUUGCUGUUGAUGGCAAUAUUUUUAUGAACUACUUCAGCACUGAAUUUUUCCCAUUCUCUUUAAAUAUAGACUGAACUCAGACUUACGAUUUUUUGCUUUUUUAUGCAAAUUAGCUAUGAAAGUCUUCACAUAUACAGCUUAAUUGUUUUGUUUUGUGACUAUACUGCACUUUCUUCAUUCAUAGGUUGAAGAUGAAGGUGAGAUGAAGAAACUUGGAGUGCUCCAUAAUUUUGUAUAUAGCCAAGCUUGCAGUUGGUUCCAAAGCUUAAGAAACAAAUUUCGUAGCCAAAUACUUCAGCACUUUGGUCCAAUGCCAGAGAGGGAAGGAAACAUACAGGUAUUCAGACACCAUACAGUAUCUGUCUAGCAAUUAUUGGCAUGAUAUGGGUUGCUUUGUUAGUAAAGGAAGCAGUAGAAAGAUUGGUAGAGUAACUGAUGUGGCGGUGGUAAUCAUUAGGGGAAAAAAUGGACAGCAGCUAAAAGAGAGAGAAGCCAAGAUGGUGCCAAUUAAUAUGUAUUCAAAGAACUGCAAAAAGCCCAGUGUGUAUUUUAAAUAUGUGGUUGUGUCGGACAAUGAAACCAGGUUUUUAAAAAGCCAGUUCUUGAACUCCUUCCUCUAUAAUAUUAUUCUAUUUACACUUAAGGAAUAAAUCUUUCUCAACACUAUUUUGAGGCUGUUCACUUUUUGUGGCAAUGGGCAACACAGCUGACAAAGCUGCAUGUCCUUAGUGGGAUGGAGAAGUGCUGUUGUCACAGUGGCUUUCAGCACAGGCAGACUGAAGCUUUGCAUUGCCGAGCGGCUUUGAGAUGUCCAAGACAUUUCAACUAAAACAUCUGAUGGAUAGUGUCAACCUGUCUAUACUGUAAUGGUAGUGAAAUUUACAGCAGGGAUACACUUGCCAUCUUGAUCUUGUGCUGUAAGACACAGCUGCUUAGGGCAAACACUUUCAAUCACAGACAGAGAAGACAGAGAUUACUGCUGAAAGUUGGUUUUGUGUAAGCUAGCUAAUAAAACCACCUCAUUUUACGUUAUCAGGAAAUCUUGAAUUCCUAGGACCUGGUGGUUGAUAAUGGCAAUGGAAAAUGAAACAAUGUAUUUUGAUCUCUAGAACCUGUUCAUUUUACAUCUGUGUUGUAAGCCAUUUGUUACAAUUAGUACAUUCUAAUUUUUUGUUCCUUAUUUUUAGGAAAUGGCUAAUGGACCCGCAUGGUGUUGGUGGCUUCUAGCUGUCCUGCCUGUGGACCCUAGAUACCAGCUUUCUGUGCUGUCUAUGAGAUCUUUGAGAGAGCGACUAAUAAAAAUUCAAGAUAUAUUGAUGUAUUUCUCUAGAAACCAGUCCAAAUGACUAUCCAGAUCUAACUGAAACAAUACCCUAUUCUCGCUGUAACUACAGCUGGAGUUCUUGCAGCAUUUGCACUUUUAGUACUGGUCUGAGAACUGUAUCAGAACUGCUUUCUUUCUUCCUUUAUUAAUCAGUUCUUCACAUGGGUCCCCCUCAACUUGAAGGGCACCACUAAAAUUGCACACAGAAAAAUUAAAUCCGGAAAAAACUAUGGGAAAAUUCUACUUUAUUUGCACUAUAUACAAGUGAGAAUGUAUCAUCCUAUGGUGUAUUUCCACUGAUUAGUUAAGAAGCAUUGGAAAGUGCAAGAUUUAAAAAUGUCCAAGUUUACAAUAUUAAGGAUGCAUUCAAAAUCUUGCAAAUCAGAACUUGCCUCUGAUACAGCACCCUGUUGCUAUUUGCACAAAGUAUUUAAAACGUAGUAUUGAAUGUUGCUAUAAAAAACUUGUUUUGUGAGUGUCUUAACUAUAAAUAUGGCACAAGUUAACUUUCUUGCAUACUUUCAGAAUAAAAAUGAUUGUAUGAAUUUGGAGCCAUGUUAAAGAACAAUUGAAAUAUAGGUUGGUCAAGAAGUUAUUGAAACUGUGAAGACAUUACCUAUAACUGUGCAUUGUGAAAGACUGGAUUAGAUACAGAUGACUACUAGAUGACUCUUUGGAGUGGUUGCUUUGAGCACUAGUCUUUCCAAUACAUAACAAAAAUUUGAUUUAAUGCACUAAGCAUACAACAGUGAUUCCUAAACUUCUCUGACAAAUGAGCAGAUUUGAAAAUACUAUCAGUGACUGCUUCUCUUUGCUCCAUGAGUCAGCUGCAGCUCACUCACCAUACCCUCCUAGGCAACUCAUGAAAGUUUGGGAACUACUGAAGCAUUGCUACAAAAGUUAAGGGUCUAACUAGUUUUUGAAAGUUCAAAAACAUUUGGUGCAAAUAGGACUUCCAUGCCUUAUUCAUAUCGCUAUUACACAGCAAUGCAAAGGUUAGCAUUCUGCUUGCCAAUAGGUACUUUUGUAGUUUUCAGUUUGUGACUGUCUGACUUGUAUGUGAAAUCAUUUUGUAAAACUCUUGCUUUUGCUAAUAUUUAAUUUUCAAUAAACCUAAAACUUAUAUUUUUUUUAACUUACAACUAUUAUUUUUUUCUGUCUCUGUUGGGCUUUUUAUAUAGCACCUCUGCCCUAAAGGAUAGUUAUCAGAAACCUGAAUUGUUAUAUAUGGAUCACAGUAGUGUCCAAUCCCUACAGCUUGGGUAUGUUCUCUUAUUGGCUCAACAUACAAAAAAAUAUUUGGGGUGGGAAUGGAACAGUCUUUGGAUUCUGUUGUUAGUACUUCAUAAUCAUUAAGGACCUCUUCCUGUAUAAGCUCAUAUCACUGUUUUGAGGCAUAUAUUUGAUGAAUAAAUACACUCCUGAAACAUUAAGGCCACAUCCAUACAUAGCUUUGCUGCAAUCUGGGAGUGCCAUUAAGAGGACACACUUGAUGUUGAUGGAAUGAUCUCUUGGGAGUAAUCUCAGGAAAUGCAUGUCUCUGAAAGUGCAAUGGAAUAGAUUGGCGUCAACUUUUCUGGAUAAUCUGCAGUGAGCAGGUUCUAAGAACAAUUGCAGUUCUUGAUACAACCCAAUUUGGCAUCAUACCUACUGUUGCAGGCAGAGAUCAAAAGAUAAAUUUGGGCUUAUUCCAGCAAGCUGAGUCAUGAUAAUGUUACGCCUCUGCUUAUUGUUGGAAGAACUCGGAGACAGGUACCUGGAUCAGAUUUUUUCUAGUUCAUAUCUCGUGCAGUUAUUUUGUAUCCUUGCUAAGUAGAAUGAGAUUAUUUUAUCCUUUCACCAAUCCUAAUGGGUAAAGUCCUUUAUGAUGGAGCAGGAGUGUAUGCUCAAUUUUAGAGUGCAUUGAACUCAUCCUAUGAUGUUGCUCUUAAUGGAGUCUUUUGCUACUGAAUGAGUUACCAUCAAAUAUUUCUAGGUGGCAACAACAUGCUAUUCAGUAGGUGACAUGGAACAUGCUGUCAGCCAUGAUGGUUUUUUGCUCCCCGUCUUCAGAGAGCAACAUGGUGGCUUAUACUUUAAUUCAAAGCUAAUGAUGGGAAAGGAGUUUAAGUGGAGCUAGAUAAGCAACGCAGCCCUUCUCAUGCCACCUUGCCAGCUGCUACGAUGCAUGCACUGUAGCUUACUCUUCUGUUGCUCUUGCUCCUGCCCCAUGCAUGUGAGCGGAGAGAUCAUGGUAGCUGCCUCUUAGUAGCCAACAAGGCCCAAUCAGACAUGUGGCCUUAACUUGUUGGGUCUAUUGCUUUGUAGUCUUGACUCCCGGCCCAUAUCCCCCAAGUGCAGCCACCCAAGCCUUUAAAAGCAUGUUUUAAAGUUUAAGGGCCCUGGAUAUACGAUUCUGUUGAGGCUGAGAUUAAAAACAAGGCAGCCCUUAUGUUUGAGCAGACCAAACCAGUCAGUAGUGAACCCUGCCUCCAGGUGGGCCUAUUAUGUCUGCACUGUUCCCAUGGACUCCAGUGACUUCAAAGUCCCUCCAUCACCCUACUGGGGACAGGAAAUGUCUUAGGUUUUGUUACAGGAAGAGGAUGCUACCAUGAGACCUAAGAUAAUGAAUCCAGUGAAUUUAGUAGCUUCUCUGCUGUUCCUGCUCCUUUGCCCAAGCAAAUUCCUCCUUCUGCUCCUGCACCAAUAGUCUCUGCAGCUUGCUCCCAUUGUUCUGUUUCAAAUCAAGGGAGGCCCUACUGGGUUCUAUUUCCCCUGAGCUGUUGCAGGCUGCAUCACAGCCACUUCGGGUGUUGUCAGCUCAGUCUUCUUUACCUAUGGCCUCCCCAUCUCCCGAGUACCUCUCAGCUUGUGCACAGGGACAAGGAUGGUUCAGGGGUGUUGAACAUAAG